AUGUUCGAUGAAGUAACCGAUCACGGAGUUGGCGGCGGCUGUGGCGGUAGCGGUGGCGGUGGCGGUGGCGGAGGCAGAGGCCGAGGCAGCGGCAGAAGCGGAGGCGGAGGGGGAGGCGUAGUCGGUGGCGGUAGUGGCUGUUGCUACCGCUUACCGACUGCUUGUUCGAGCUUGAGUAGCACCUCGCGUGCCGUGCGGUCAGCUCAGAAUUUUCCGUCGUCCAUUAGCAGGUCGAUCGCAGUGUAUUUCCACUGCCGAGCGAAUAUUUGAUAUCGCUUGACUGUCAGCGGUACUCGUCUCUUCCCCGUUUUUUCUUUCUCCGCUUGCAGCGGAUCUUCUCAGUCGUUUAAGGCAUUCGACGCUACGCUAGCGCAUACACGCGCCGCAGGUCAGUGCUACUUAGUCGACGACCGACGACAAUUUUUUGUUUUGUUCAUCAUCCCCGGAACAUGUCACGUCCUGGUGCUGUAUCAUGCGGUUGGCACUUGGCGCACGUAUCACUGUCACGGCACGCGAUUGCCAUCGUUUUUAACU